AUGGCUGGGUUACAACUUCAAAUUGUGUCGGAUCUCCACCUGGAGUCACCGGCCGUCUACGACAUAUAUGAAAUCAAUCCUCAGGCGCCGUUUCUCGCGUUACUAGGUGACGUGGGCUACGUCAAAGAUGAGGGGUUCUUUCUUUUUCUCCGCAGGCAGCUAGCGAUCUUCCAGGUCGUCUUUCUCGUUCUAGGAAACCAUGAGCCCUAUCACAGCAGCUGGAACAAUGUAAAAUCCAGCGUGAAAGACUUUCAAGAUAGUAUCGACAACGCUUCUCAGAAAGGAGAGGCGCUUGGCAAACUUGUUCUGCUUGAUCAAACACGCUACGACAUUUCGCCAACACACUCUAUUCUUGGGUGCACGUUGUUUUCAUCUGUUGCCCUAGAACAAACUGAAAGUGUUAGUUUUGGCCUAAACGAUUUUUACCAUAUUGAAGACUGGUCGGUUGAAGCGCAUCAAGAAGCACAUCUUGCAGAUGUUGCUUGGCUGAAUAAGGAAAUCGAUUCCAUUUCUCGUUCUGAGCCAGAUCGAAAAGUCAUUGUUUUGACUCACUACUGUCCUUCGACGCACGAAAACGUUAUCGACCCUAGACAUAGAACCAGCAAUAUCUCCUCUGGGUUCAUGACUGAUCUGACAAACGAGCAAUGUUGGAAUAGUGAUGUCGUCACGCUUUGGGCUUUUGGGCACACACACUUUAACUGCGACUUUCAAGACCCGGUGACUGGGAAAAGAGUGAUGUCAAACCAGAGGGGUUACUAUUUCGCGCCAUCUACGGGCUUUGGUGGUGAGAAGGCCGUAGAACUUUGA